AUGAUUCUUCUUCUCCUUCCCUUCCUUUUCGGUGCAUCAGUUUCCCAGAACAUUUGUGAUUCUCCAGUUGACUUGGGAACCGCGAAAUGUUCAAACACAUCUUCGAUUCGUUACCACUAUGAUCCUACCGUGAAGCGAUGCCUGCCAUUCGGAUAUACCGGAUGUGGAGGAAAUGAGAAUAACUUUGCCGAUCCAAGAAUCUGCCGUCAGAGGUGUAUUCCUCAAGACCACCAUGUUUGUCCUGCUAAUACUCCCUCAACUUUGAACACGGGAGGAGCCAAAAACUGCGGAAAGGAAGAACACGAUGAAAAAUGUGCUGAACCGAAUAAAAACUACUGCCACCACGGACCAAAUAACAAUGGAGUUUGCUGCUCACUGGAGUCUAGAAAGAAAGUGGAUCAAGACAGAGAGCUCGUUUGUCCAAAUGGAAAGAAGAAGUAUGCAACAUUCAGAGGAGGAAAGGACAGGGCGUUCAUUGGAAAAUCAUGUGAUCACAAAUUCUGCCCAACAGGGUUUGAUUGUCAGAAGGGAAACUUCUACUCGUAUUGUUGUGCUAAAUAAUUUUUAUUUCAUAUAAUAAAACUAUCAUAAUAC